AUGGCGAGGAGAGCUCAUCAAACCUCCCGUACAAAAUUGUCGUAUUGGUUCUGUUUGACAUUGUUGAGUUUGUUUCCAAGUUUAUGUGAUUCUUUGAGAUAUGUCAAUGCUCAGGCCAUACCAAUGCAAGAUGCCUACCUGAAUGCAGAUCCAAUACAUGUACAAUUUGUUCCUUCUCAAAUCAAAUGCGUUGCACUAUGUUCUACGGAUCCAAUGUGUCUGUCUAUAAAUUACUUUGAAGAUAAAACUUGUCAACUGCUGAAGGAUUUUUUAUGUGAAAAUAAGAAGAAUUUGGUGUCGAAACCGGGCGCAAAAUAUUUUGAUGUAGAUUUCUUAAGAACUCCACAGGAACUACACUAUUACACCGCCCAUUCUAAUUGCAUCAGUCUAAACCGAUGUUCACCGAAAUGCAAGGACUGUACUUUGGGCUCGACGUAUACAAAUAUUGCUGUUGGGAGAAUUAAUGGAAAUAACAUAAAUGUAGCUCCCUUUAAAAGCUUGACCGAUUGCGAACAACUCUGUUUAGCUAAUCCAGAAUGCCGUGCAUUUGAACAUGAGAGCAUAUUCUGCUUUCUAUCAGCCCUCACUAGAGAUAUGAUGAACCCAGACGCUUUCGAAGUGUCGCCUUACCACUAUGCCGAAAGAAUAUGCACUUAA